GGCAGUAACGAAAACCAAGUAGAAAUGUGACUUAUCAAAGCUAAAGGGACAAGUUUGUCGUGUUUUGCGGGCUUUUUUCUCAAGUGGAGAUAACAUUCCUUUGGAAUGAGCUUUUGUACAAUUUUUGCGAACUACUCAAACUCGAUUUCGGAACCUAUCGUUUCAGUUGUAAGAGCUAGCUGCGAUGGCAGCAACCUAUGUGAGGACUUGAGUUAAAUGAGGGGUGUUGUAGGGGACCUUAGGACUUUUUAAAGUUGGACUUAGAGGACAGGGAAUCAAAAUGAAGAAGCAAUUUAAUCGAAUGAAACAACUCGCCAACCAGACAGUUGGAAGGGCAGAGAAAACCGAGGUCCUGAGCGAUGACCUUUUACAGAUUGAGCGGCGCAUGGAGGUGGUUCGACUGGUCUCUCACAACGCGCUAAAGAGGAUGACCACAUGUCUGCAGGGACACGUCGGCACAGACGUAGACAAGAGACACAAAAAACUACCAUUGACAGGACUGUCACAGGUGAUGCAAGAGGGAGGCGUCCAAUUGGGAGAAGAGUCUCUGAUUGGUAAGAUGAUAGAGGCAUGCGGUGAUGUGGAGAAUAAGCUAGCCUAUGAACAGAGCAUGAAUGAGGUUCGGCUGGAGAGAGAUGUCAUGGAUCCCCUGAGUCAGCUAGCAGAGGUGGAGAUCCCCAAUAUUCUCAAACAGAGAAAGCAGUUGGCUAAGCUAGUUCUGGAUUACGAUUCUGCAAAAGCCAGAUAUCAGCAAGCUGCAAAGUCCGUUCAUGGCGCCACAAACUUCCAAGCGAUGACUGCCAAGGUGGACUCCUUAAAGGAAGAGAUGGAUGAAGCCCUUACUAAAGUGGAGAUGUGUAAGGAUCAGUUGUCUGCAGACCUUUACAACUUUUCCUCUAAGGAGGGAGAUCACGCCCGCUAUUAUGUCAUGUUGUUAGAGGCACAAGCUGAAUACCACAAAAAAUGUUUAGAGUUAAUUGAAAAUGCCCUGCCAUCCAUCCAAAUACAACAAGAGACGUGGACGGAGAUGCCAGCGUUUGGCACCGCUCUGGAGGAACAUCUGAGACGUAGUAACCGAGAGAUUGCCCUGCCUAUGGAAGCCUGUGUGAUGAUGCUGUUAGAGACUGGCAUGAAAGAGGAGGGUCUUUUCCGAAUCGCUGCUGGAGCUUCCAAGCUGAAGAAGCUCAAGGCAGCACUGGACUGUUCCACUUCCCAGUUAGAGGAAUUCUACUCUGACCCCCAUGCUGUUGCUGGAGCAUUGAAGUCUUAUCUUAGAGAACUGCCUGAACCUUUGAUGACCUUCAGCCUGUAUGAUGAGUGGAUCAAAGCCUCAAAUGUCUCUGACUCAGACCAAAGACUACAGGCUUUGUGGGUGACAUGUAACUCUUUGCCAGACAGCAACAAAGCUAACUUCAGGUAUCUGGUGAAGUUUCUUGCCAAGUUAGCACAAGAAAGUGACGUUAAUAAGAUGACUCCUAGCAACAUUGCCAUCGUGCUGGGACCCAACUUGCUGUGGGCUAAAACAGAGGGUUCUCUGGCUGAGAUGGCAGCUGCUACGUCUGUCCAUGUUGUUGCCAUAAUAGAACCCAUUAUUCAGCAUGCUGACUGGUUCUUUCCAGAUGAAGUGGACUUCAAUGUGUCAGGCAUGUUUUCCAUGCCAGGUGCACCAACACAUCACAUGGGGUACCCGGGGACCCCCGACUCUGACACAGAGAAGAGACGUCCGGGCAGUCAGGGAGGGCAGGAGGCGGAUACCCCCCGAAAAGACAGUAAUGCUAUUCGAGAGCCUGCCUCUACACCUCCACUUCUGAGGAAUGGUCCAGGGGGUAUUGGUGGGACUCCAGGACAGCUGAAUGUGGGAACCCCUAUGGGUGGCUCCAGGGGCCCCAGCCCUCAUAUGUUGCGUAGAGGUACAAAGAAGCAAGCCCCUGCUCCUCCUAAAAAUGUUAACCCUCACACCUCCAAAGGGACCCCCAUUCCUGUGCCCAUACCCACAGUUCCUGUGAGCUCAGCACAGCCUGUCAUUGCACCUCGUCGUCAUUCCAACAACCAGAAUCCCAUUCAGGCCCCCAACCACCCCCCUCCACAACCCCCGCAGAGCGGUGGCUCGGCAGAACCCGACCCUUCUCCACCCAGUACUCCGACCCCACCGGACACCCCUCCUCAUGACGGCCUCCAGGCCACUCCCCUCUCCUCCUUCCACUCGGGUUCGCUCCCACGGCCCCGCCCCAUGCCCAGACCCCGCUCAAGACCCAACAUACCCCCUCCAGCUCAACCACCUCAAGGGGCCAGUGACGUCAAUGGGAUGUGCAGCUCUGCAUCCAAGAUCAUAACAGAUGUAGAAGUGUCUUUGAAAGGGCCAGGGCGGGUCCUUGUCCCCGAUCUUGCUGUGGAUCAGCCCGUGCCCUCAGUACCCGAACCUGAGCGCCAAUCAGAGAGCACCAUGCUGUGACACAGGAGGAGGCACGCCUCUUAAGCACGGCCAACCACUCCAACGCCCCUUCUCUCAUCACCUCGCACAAAUCCCUCCUCUGUUUGAAAGCAAUCAAACCCCUCUUUGCAAUACUGGGCCUGGACCACAAAACCCUCUCUCCCAAGCACUGAUGAAGCUUCUUUCGAAGCAGUUACUCUUUACGUUUGGUCAGUGAUAUUGUUAUAACUCAUUACCUGAAAGCAAGCGGUGUAUGUCUUCUUUUUCCAAAGCUCGAUCUCAUUCCCUCACCUCAAUGUUACUAUCGUUUCACAUUCUUACCGUACAACCACAAGGGUUCCGGAGGUGUUUGCUGGUAUCUGACAUUUUUUUUUUGGAAACUCAUAUAUGUAUUAUGUGUGCCUUAAAAGGUAUUUGUACUACAAAGGAGUCUUAAGGGAAUACUGAACCGAAACAAACUCUGAUAUAUGUUUACUGUAAUUGGGUUCCACUCCCGUACUCUCAGCUCCUUGUGUGUGUACCUUACUGUGUGUGUACCUUACUGUGUGUGUACCUUACUGUGUGUGUAC